GUGCAGUUUCCACCAUCGCGUGAUCAAUUUGGCAUAUGGCACGGCUCCAAGAUGGAGUGGGCGGUCCUGGCAUGCUCGUACUUUGCACGCUGCUUUGACGUCACCUCGGCGCCAAGGGGAGCGGGGCGUGAGGGGGCGAGCAGCUCAUUAGUGAUGUGCGCCGCGAACGAUUCGCCCUCCUGACCCUGGCUUGUCAGCUGUCUGUGCAGGGCAGAAAGCCAGGCCUCGAAACGGACCGCGUGGCCUUCGGAGUCCAGCCGAGGGACGAACACCGACACCGACGGGGCUGCCAUGCCGGCAGGAGACCAAGACGCCACACGUAUCCGGACAGCGGCUGGUGCUGACGAGGUAGCAGGCGGCUGGGGCUGCGGCUACGGUUGGGCACGGCUACGACUAGCAGCUAGGAAAUAGUGAACGAGGCGACAGGCACUGGCGACUAGCAGCGAACUACGGCAUCGACAGCUGCGGCUGCGGCUGCGGCUAUGGCGCUGACGGAUACAGCUGCGGCUACGGCGCUGGAGGCUGCGGCUGCGGCUACGGCGGCAACAGCGCUGGCGGCUGCGGCUGUGGCGCUGGCGGCUGCGGCGCUGGCUGCGAGCGGGCAGGCAACGAGCCAGCGGUGAGCUGGCAGCGGUGGACAGCGAGCAGCGGGCGGCGAGCAGCGGGCAGCGAGCUGUGCGCGGCGAGUAGCGGGCAGGGAGCAGCGCAAGGCGAGCAGCGGGCAGGGAGCAGCGCAAGGCGAGCAGCAGGCAGCAAGGCAUCUGGCGAUGGGUCGGAGUGCGAGCGCAGACUAGGGCGUGGGGCGGCGACAGAGCCUACGAGGCGCUAGGAGCCAGCUAGCCAUGAGCAUUGGCACGGCCCGACUCUGGGACGGUCUGGGCCAGGCCACGCUGGGGUUGGGUCGGUUUUGGCAAGUGCCAGACCCGGCCCGGGUUUAGGGGUCAGGCUGGACUUGGCCCGCAGUAGGCAUGAGCAAAAGGCCAGGCCAGGCCAGUCCAAGGGCGAACCAGGCUGGCCUGCCAUCCAAAACCAGGCGGGGGGCGAGCCGGUGUUGGGCCCGGAUCGGGCCGGGCCACCUAAGCAUGGACCUAGUCUUACAAACUCUCCUACUAAUGUAUAGCAUUGUGUUGUGUUAGUAAUCGGUGCUGAUGCGUGUUGAGAGACCCUUGAACACAAUGUUCUUCAUCGUGCGGGUUGUGCUGGUGUAAAACAUUUCACGAACAGGAGGCUGGGUAGUGCAGAAAACAAGUAGCCAUGUGUUACGCGCUCUGAAUUUGUGUCUGAUACGGUUUCCUGUACUCUCGUCGUUUGUGCGUCCUCCAGAAACCUGGCUGACAACAGCUUGAGUGGCUCGAUUCCUGACUCCAUUGGCAAGCUCUUAACUCUUGCUUCCUUGUAUCUCAAUGGGAACAAGCUGUCUGGCUCGAUACCAACAACGAUAGGCAACCUUCAACUUUUGAACAACUUGAAUCUGUCUGCAAACAGCCUGAUCGAUUCUAUUCCGUCCACUAUUGGACGCCUAAGCAACCUGGCGUACUUGAACCUUGAUUUAAACUCUCUGUCCGGUUCUAUACCCGAGUCACUUGGGAGGCUUGCCAACUUGAAAGAACUACAUCUUGCUAACAACAGCCUGACUGGCAACAUCCCUGGCUCCAUUGGCAACCUCGUGCAGCUUUCUAUCUUGGAUCUGAAUGAAAGUGAAGUUACAUGCCCUCCUGACUAUACCCCAUGUGUGGCGAAACAAAGACUUCAGAGCGCCUUUUGCCGCAAGUGCCCCUCUUUCUGCACCACCUGUGCCAAGGCAGCACCACCACCUCCCACAGCCCCAUCGGCACCAGCUGAGUCUCCAUCGCCGUCCUCCUCUUCAGCCUCCUCGCUUUCCCCUGGAGCGUCGGCCUCCCAGUCUGGAGGCGGUCUGUCGGCGGGAGCCAUUGCUGGCAUUGCUGUGGCUGCUGUGGCUUCCCUGCUGGGGCUGCUGCUGAUUGGCAUGCUGCUACUUCGAAGACCGGCACAAGGAGAAGCUACAGUGGUAAAGAAGGGCGAGGAUGCGGCACCACAAAGAGAUAUUGAAGGCCUGGCUGGCAGCGUGGCAGCCUCUCACUGCACCGAGUACUCCCUUGAGGAAGUCAUGGCAGCCACGAGCAACUGGUCCGAUGACAACCGGCUUAGCUCUGGUGCCUUUGGUGAUGUGUACAAGGGCGUGUCUCCAAGGGAUGGCACCACAGCGUGGGCCGUCAAGCGAGCUAAAUUGCUUGACGCUGACUUCCAGAAAGAGGUCCGACAGAUGGCCGACAAGAACCAUCCCCACCUUGUGCGCCUGCUUGGGUUUGCCGCUGGAGGGGACAUGAGGACACGCCUGGAGCAAGUCUUGAUCUACGAGUUUGUUCCAAACGGGGACCUGGAGAUGUGGAUCUCUACAAAAUCACACUUUCAGCUCAGCCUGAAGCAGCGGCUGGACAUCCUCCUUGGUGCUGCUCGUGGCUUGGAGUAUCUCCACAGCUUUGGCCUUGUGCAUCGUGACAUCAAACCUGCCAACGUCCUGCUCCGGGCUGACAUGCAGGCCAAGAUUGCGGACUUUGGGCUAGUGAAGGCCUUAGAGGGCUCAACAGCGGGUACUACUCGAGUCAUGGGAACACCGGGCUAUUUGGAUCCCAUCUACUCCCGCACGUCCAAGGCAACCACCGCCACCGAUGUGUACAGCUUUGGUGUGCUGAUACUUGUGGUCCUCAGGGGGCGAAGCCCGACUGCUGCAGCUGAUGGGGAGAGCAAGCACAUACUGGCAUGGGUGGAGGCCUGCCUGGCGUCCGACAGCCCGACCCGCCUCAAGGACCUCAGCAUGGACGCCCCUGAUGAUGCUGUGCUGCGCUUGGCCCAGCUGGCUCUCAGCUGCUCUGCAGAGUGCACUGCGAGCCGCCCAAGCAUGGCUAGUAUUGCCAACGAGCUGCAGGGCAUCAGGAAUGAAGUGGUGGGGAAAGUGGAGCUGAGUGCAGCAAUUAAGGUGGACGAGCAAGUCCAGCAGUUGAAGGGCUCAUUAUCCACAGAUGCGCAUCUGCAAUGCAUUGACAACCUCCUGCAGGCGAACUCCUUUGAAUGAAGGCAGCUACUUGACUAGAGUUCUUGGCAGCGGUAAUCUACAAUACUCAAGAUUUGGUGACGUUUCUUCUUGGAUUAGAGGUACUACACAGGUGGUAGAACAGAUUGUUGAGACAAAAAGUGCUUUGAUGCCUAUAGUUAUGAAGGGGGUCGUGAUGACUGUAUCAGAAAUUAGAAUUGAAUGAUCGUAAAGUGAGAGUACACACAAAUAUAUCUAAGUUUUGUAU